AUGGAGCUGGAGCGUGUCCGGAGCCACAACUGUGAGGCGCAAGAAGGUUUCCUUCCUGCGGAAGCAUUAGGGCCCGGCCGCCCUCUGGAUCUCUGGCCCCGGCUGGCCCCAGAGGUCUCUGGCAGUGCCCUGCGUGAGGAACUGCCUCUGGGUGUGGAGCUCUUGGUGCCCCCGACAUCUCCAUGGUGCCCCUGCGUGGACACUUCAGGCUGCCUUCUCUCGAGCCAGAUGACCAUGGGCCCCUCUGUCCUGAGCCGUGCAGGCCCGCCAGGCCCGGAGCGCAGCCCCCCAGGAGCCCCGUCAGAGAGUCAGCUGGCCGUGGGGGUGGGGAUGGUGCUCUUGCUCCUGGGCGAAGUGGCACCCAGGAGCGAAGGUAAUAUGUUGUGCUUGCUGAUUCCAAAUGAGUUGCUGUGGUGCCCUGUGGCGGCUCCCGGGGACGCCUUAAGGGCUGACAGCAUCUCCCCCAUUAGUAGCGUCGGUGACCCAGAACUCCCUGCAGCCCAGUGCUGUCUGCGCAUGCGCCGGGUGUUUCUUGCCGCCUCGGAGGUACGGCUUCAGCAGGCUUUACUAGUGGGUCAGGCUGAGAGGCUGAAGGCAGGCCUGAUCCGAUGGCACCGGCUCCACUCCAAGCCCGGGAAGAAGGAGAAGGAGCGCGGGGAGAUCCAGGUCAGCAUCCACUUCACCCGCCACAGCCUGACGGCCAGCAUGUUUGACCUGUCCGUCAAGGACAAGCCCCGGUCGCCCUUCGGCAAGCUGAGGGACAAGAUGAAGGGCCGGCGGCAGUACGACCUGGAAUCGGCCUCGGCCAUCGUGCCCUCGAGCAGCGGGGCCCUCGAGGAAGACCUGGGCCUGGGCGGCAAGAAGGCCAAAGGCGGCGGCGGCGGCUUCUUCUUCAAGAACAAGCUGCGCAAGUCCUCUCUGACCCAGUCCAGCACCUCCCUCGGCUCCGACAGCACCGUCUCCUCGGCCAGCAGCGUGGCGGGCGUGGCUGCCUCGGAGUCCCCGGCGGCCCCCUCCCCCAGCCGGCAUGGCAGCCUCCCUCCCGACCGCUCCGUGAGAGACUUCCUGCCUUCCCCGAAGCUGACCCACAAGAGGGCCUUCAGCGACGAGGUCUCCCAGAUCAACCCCUUGCCGGAGUCCAGAUCGGUCCAGAGCCUGAAGCCCCAGAGCGAGCCCAUCUCCCGGUCCUCCCUCUGCAUCAACGGGAGCCAUGUUUACUGCGAGGAGCCUUCUCCCCGCCCCGCCGCUCCUUUGAGCCGGCCCAAGAAGCCGCCGGCGGAGAGCUUCGGCACUGGGCCCCCGGCCCCCGACUCAGAGCUGCCCCCGUGGUCCGGCAGCAGCUUCCAGAGGCCCCCCCAAAAAGACCCUCCCCGCUUCAUCCCCUCCCCGCCCAUCCUGGCCGCCCAGGAAGAAGACAAGCUCUCCGUCAAGACGCUGGCCCUCCACAAGCAGCGGAGCAGGGCCAAGAUGGAGGAGGGGGCGCCGGCGGAGGCCAAGCCCGUCCAGGUAGCCCUGCCCAUGGUGUUCUCGGCCGGCGCCGGGAGGGGCCGGCCCCCAGAGGAAGCCCGGAAGGAGGAGGAGAAGGGAGCCAAGGCCGGCUUCUUCCGUCGGGGUGGCACCAAAGAGGAUGCUGGGAAGAGCCGUGUGGCGGAGGGCGCGGGGCACGGGGGGCCGGAGGGAGAGAAGAGCAGCAGCUGGUUCAGCAUGAAGGACGCCCGGGACCCCUCCCAGAGGCCCAGUUCCCAGUCUGGGCUGCCGGCCGCGACAGAGGUCACCAAGGACACUUGUGUCUGUGAGGAUCGUGGCCCCUCCUCUGCCUUCCUAGGAGCCGGAACCCCGCAGCCCGAGUCGGCCCCCCCAAGCAUGAGUGCCUUUGAGCCAGCGGCUGCCGCUGGCCCCCCUCCGGAAUGGGGCGACCCCUUCGAUGCCUUUGCAACCAGCAGGCUCAGGCCAGGAGCUCCGAGGGAGCCGCCGCCGAAUGGGGACGCCGCCUCGGAAGGCCUCGCUGACCAGGACCGUCCCGAGGAGGAGAUGAGCCCGCCCCACCCCCCAGCAGGACUCCCCCUGCGGUGGCCCAGCGAGCCAGGAGGAAGUCUGGGCGUGGCCCCUGAAGAGACCUUGGUGGGGGGGGAAAGCCGCCUGGGUGAGCAGCCGUGGGGCAGGCCGGGCCACUCUCCCUCGGGGGCCUGUGAGGAAGCUGCGAUGUCUGGAGCGAGCCUGAACCACCGGCAAGUGCCGCCCCGGGCAGCGGUUGAGGCAGAAGCCGCCGAUCCCUGGGGAGAGGCCUGGGAGGCCCUGGCUGCGGGAGCGCCCGCCCCAGCCACGCACCCGGACUCCGAGCUGCCCCUCGGCCUGGCCCUGGAGAGCCACGCAAGCCAGCCUGGCUCUUUGGAGAAGAAGAGUCCUCCGCGCUCCCCCACAGAGAGCCAGCCGGAGAGGCCGGCCGUGUUGCCGCUUGGAACGAGGAGCCCGGCUUCCGAGGCUUCCGAGGCGGAGGCAGGGGAGGACGCCUCGGCCGACGUGUGCCGCUGGGACGCUGCCAGGCAAGAGCAAGCCGCCCCCCAGAUGCCCCCAGCCCCUGGGCGACAGCCCGCACCUGGCGAGGGCCUCCUCCCCGAGGAGGCAGACGAGCUGGGCGGCAGUGCUGAGGAGCCGAGAGGGGGGGAGGAGGGCGGGCAGGAGGGGACCGAGCCAGCCCCGCCGAAGAAGCCUCCCCGGAGCUUCACCCCCCUCAGCCUGGCGGAGGAAGCGGAUGAGGCCCUGUGGGGGGCACGGCCGAGGUGUGAAAGCCAGGAGGGCCCAGGGGGGGAAGCUGACGGGCAAGGGCCCCCCGGGGGUGGCGGCGGCAGCAGCUGCAGCACUCCUUGGGUAAUUGGCGCAGGUGGCGGGAGCGUGGGCUGUGGCGCCGAGGGCCUCCUGCUUCCUCCUGCAGGCGACGGCCCUGCCGGAGCUAAUGAGCAGGCGCGGCCGGCAGGCUCUUGGGGGGAUUCCCAGCCGGCGGCAGGCGAGCAGCUCGAGACUUGCCCUGGGAAGCCGGGCCUGGCGGGUGCAGGUGGGGAGCCUCUCUCUGCCCUCCCUUUGGGGUCGGGGCCCCUGCCAUUCCCCCGGCCGCUGCCCGUGGCUGAGGAGGGGGGCCUCGGGCCGUCGGGAACCCCUCAGGGGCCAGAGCCCAGCCCGCCCGUGCUCUUCUGGACCGCCCUGGAGGAGCAGCUGCUGUUGCCGCAGUCCCCGGAGGGUGCCAGUCCUGAGCGGCCCAGGGGCCUCCAUGAGGGCACCUCCGAUCGAGAGCCCAGCCUGGAGCGGGGAGGCGGGGUGGCCCUCGCCUCGCCGGAGGCAGAUCGAACUGGGAGCCAGAGUGGCUGGGCCCCGCCCGCCUGCCCCCAGGCCUUCCUCGCGAGUGGCACGCUGAGCCAGGGGCCCGGUGACUUGGAGCUCUCCUCGAGCUGGUCGGACGACAGGGUGCUGGACUUCAAGAAGGCCGACUUCUGGCAGGCGGAGAGGGGGGAGGGGAGCAGCGCCCCCGGCAACCCCUUUGUCUCCUCCCGGGCCAGCCCUCAAAACAACCCCUUUGUGGAGAGGCCUCCUCCUGACGUGCCCCCCGCCCACCGGGCCUCCCUGGUCGAAGGCCCCAGCUUUAGAGACCUCCACGCAGAGGCCGCCCCGCAAGGCUUGCUUCCUGCUGCCCUCUCCCAGGACCGGCCCGCGGCUCCCGUCCUGCAUGACAACCAGCCCUUGGCCUUCUCCACGCCUUCCCUGGGGGACGAGGCCGUGAGCUCCAGCGGGUUCGACUUCCCUUCUCCCAUCGUGCCUCCUGCUCCCAGCGAGGGGUCUGCAGCCGGCGGCCUCCUCGACGCCCGCCUCUCCCUUGCUCUUCCGCCGCCCAGCACGGAUGCCACGGCGCCUUCGGUCUCGCCCGUGGAGACUCGGCCGGCUGACGAAGUGCCUGUCCAGUGGACCACCAGCCCACACCUGGUGAAGCCCAUCAGUACUUCAAGGCCCGUGGAGAAGCAGCGCCGGUCCAGCCUGCCCCUCAGCCAGGAAAAGCUGAAGCCAAAGCCCGCCAGCAGCCACGAUUCGGCUCCUCCCAUUCUGCCGCUGGAAAAGACAGACCUGAAAAGGGAGGAGCCUUCCCUGCCGGACUGCUCGGCCAAGUACUACCACCUGACACACGACGAGCUGAUCCAGCUGCUGCUGAAGCGGGAGGCGGAGCUGGGGAAGAAACAGGAGCACAUCCGGGAGCUGGAGAACUACAUCGACCGGCUGCUGGUGCGCAUCAUGGAGCAGUCGCCCACCCUGCUGCAGAUCCCCCUGGGCGGGGGGGCCAGGGCGGCCAAGUGACACCCCCCCUUCCCCCCUGCCUCGCCCCGUAGCCUGAAGCAGGCGGGGGUUGGUGGUGGUAGGGGUCUCGCAGAGGGCUCUGCACUUUCUGACCCUCUGGCUGUCGACGGUCUCUGACCUUACGUCCACCAUGUCGGGCUCUCCAGCAGAGGAGUCGAUUUUUCUCCCAAGAUGCCAAAGCUCCUCAGGGGGAACCUGGACUUGAUUGGGUGCUGAGCCCCAGCCCGGCGCUAAGCGUGGUUCUGUUUCUGGGGGGGGGGGCUGGGCUGCUCUUGGCAAGCUUUCUGGUCAAUCACUGUGCCACCGCAGCGCCCUUGUGCCCGGCGUGGCGAUUCCCCUCCUGCCCGGCUGGGUCUGUGACUGCUUGAUCUCAGUAACCCCGCUCCUCUGCUGCUGAGGGAAGGUCACCGCUUGGAUGGGCAGUGGGUCCAGCAGAGUUUGUGUGCAAGAAGCCCUCUCCCCCCCCCUCUUUCUAGCAGGGUGGGAGCGGGGGCCACGCUCCCUGCGGCUGGCAGGUUUGCUGGUGUCACGUUGAGGCAGCCAGGCAGCCAGCUCCUCCUUGGUCUCCCCCCUGGGGGUCUUGCUGCUUGGCUGCCCUUGACCCUGCCAUCAGGGGCCCGGGGUGGGUCGCCGUGGUUUGCGCUUGCACUGCUGACGGGUGCCCCUCUCUCUCCAUCCUGGGGGGACAGUCCACCUUGAAUCCCUUGUUGUCCUCCAGACGUUCCACUUUGUCCCAUGAUGCUCUGAGGCUGGUGCAAGCUGCCGUGGAGGAAGCACCCGUGAGCCCCCAGCCCUCGCUGAGCUCUCACACACACACCCCAAUUCCACCCCGGGCAGCGAUGCUCAAGAAAAGAGUGCCUUUGUGUUCCUCAAAGGAAGAGCAGCCGGCUCUUUCUUCUUGGUCAACCGUAGACGUCUCUUUCUGCUCUGUGGCCCUGCAGAAUCCCACCUGGGGGUCUGGCUGAGGGGAGGGUCAGCGGGCUGCCUGCCUGCCUUUCCCACCCAGCUCCACCCUGGUGUUUGCUUCCCCCCCCCCUUGCUGUCUGAUCUGGUGGGGGGGAAGUGCAGCUGUCUGGGACUUGCGGGCAGCCUGCAAUCCGUCUGCAGCAGGGCGAGAGGCCCUUUGGGGGCUGGGAUUCUGUUCCCUGUGUGGGGCUGCCUGCUGCCCUGGGGCCUGGCCCUCUGGUGGGACUCUGUUGUCCAGCCCUCGGCCACUGGCCACAGCUUUCCGCCCAGGAGCCAUGGCUGCUGUUUGUCACCUUCACCAGGCUCACCUGCCCGGAGCGAUCCAGAGCGGGCAGGAAACAGUUAUCUCCUCCGCUUCCUUUGCUCAGCCAUCCCCCGGGCCUCCUGCCUCCCACGGCAGCCACCGUUCUCAGCCACAGCUGGUGUUCCUGCCACUUUCCAAGGCUCAAGCAUCAGUUUGAGUAAGACGUAAGACUGGUGGGAGCACACGAGAGUUUCCACCUUGUGGCUUGCUUCCAUGUGGCCAGGCGGAGGGUGGGGAGUCCAGGUGUUGAAGCGGUCGAGAUGGCAGAGCUGCCGGUCGUGGAGCGCUGGAGGCGGCAGGCCCCUUCUGCUCAUCCGUCCAUGUUCGUUGAGGGAAUAUUGGCUGACCUCUGCCGGGCGCUGCAGGUCUCGGAGUUAGGAACGCCACCCCUGUGGAAGAGAGAGAUGGGGUUUGGUGCCUUUGUUUCCUGCUUCUCCUUCUUGUUCCAACUCCCCUUGUCUCUCAGGGUCUUGUCGACCUUUGAGGAAGGUGUUGCUUGUACCGAAAGGGACCCGACUCACUCACUGUGGAGAUCUGGAUCCAGCACCCGCCAUAACUGACCUUAGAGAGUUUGGUGCUGGGGAGCUUUACCAAGGAAGAGUUGUGAGCCGGCAACAGAGGCCACACGGGCGUCUCACUUCCCUCGUGCCGAGUCUGUGGGUUGGAAGGGGAAUGUGUUGGCAGCUCUGCAGGACAGGAGGCCAGCUGCUCUGUUGCCCUCAGUGGCCGGUCGGCAUGCCACCCUCCUGUGUCUGCCGUGCCCAGGUGAACGGUGCGUGCCUCCCUCCUAAGCAAUGGCACAGUAUUUCCUGGGGACGGUCCCCUUUCGUUGUCCUCUGUCUGCUGCCUUCUGUUGCCCUGUCAGGGCCCAGUUCCACCUGCUCACUGUUGUUGACUCCCCCGACCCAGACAAGAAGAGACUCAGGGCCUUGCUUCCGAGGGCAAAGGCCAACGGGGGCACGGGGCGUGUGUCACCAUCUGUCCUUUGGGAAGAGAACAGUAUUUGCCUUCUUUCCCUGUGAGCAAGUUUGGGAAAUGUGUGUACGUGAUGCCGGAGUUCAUGGUGGGACUUCCUUCUGUCCGCAUUCCCUGUAUACGG